UUCAGAGACGGAGCUGCAGUCGCUUCAUCGCGUCAUCUCGCGUUUGUCGGUAAUAAAUAUCACCUGCAAUAAACCUGCAGCAAAUUCAACCAAAAUACAACCAAAACUCGGUUAUUCGUUUAACAUCAGCCCACCUGAGUCGCAUCGUUUCUUUUCCUAAGCGGGUUUUGAGUGUCAGUCAGCAUGUUCUACACCUGCGGUCCCAACGAGGCGAUGGUGGUGUCAGGCAUCUGUCGGUCUCCUCCGCUGAUGAUAGCUGGAGGCAGAGUGUUCGUCAUCCCCUGCUUUCAGAAAUUACAGAGGAUUUCCCUGAACACUCUGACUCUGAAUGUAAAGAGCGAUAAGGUGUACACCCGCCACGGCGUGCCCGUCUCCGUCACCGGGAUUGCUCAGAUGAAGAUCCAGGGUCAGAACAAGCAGAUGCUGGCUGCAGCGUGCCAGAUGUUCAUGGGGAAGUCGGAGCCUGAAAUCGCUCAUAUUGCCCUGGAGACGCUGGAGGGCCACCAGCGGGCCAUCAUCGCCCACCUCACCGUUGAGGAAAUCUACAAGGACCGCAAGAAGUUCUCGGAGCAGGUUUUCAAGGUGGCCUCCUCUGAUCUGGUCAACAUGGGCAUCAGCGUGGUCAGCUACACUCUCAAAGAUGUUCAUGAUGACCAGGAUUAUCUGCACUCACUGGGAAAGGCUCGGACCGCCCAGGUGCAGAAAGACGCUCGCAUCGGCGAGGCCCAGAACAAGAGAGAUGCUGUGAUCAGGGAAGCCCAUGCAAUGCAGGAGAAAAUAUCCGCUCAAUAUAAGAACGAGAUCGAAAUGGCUAAAUCCCAGAGGGACUACGAGCUGAAGAAGGCAGCCUAUGAUGCUGAAGUGAACACCAAGAAGGCCGAGUCUGAGAUGGCCUACCAGCUGCAGGUGGCCAAGACGAAGCAGCGCAUCGAGGAGGAGAAGAUGCAGGUCCAAGUGGUUGAGCGGACACAGCAGAUCAUGCUCCAGGAGCAGGAGAUCACGCGCAGGGAGAAGGAACUAGAGGCCAAAGUGAAGAAACCUGCCGAGGCUGAGCGGUACCGCCUGGAGAAGCUGGCUGAGGCGCAGCGUCUGAAGAUGAUCAUGGAGGCCGAGGCUGAAGCUGAAACCAUCAAGAUUAAAGGUGAGGCUGAGGCGUUUGCCGUGGAGGCCAAAGGUCGCGCCGAGGCGGAGCAGAUGUCAAAGAAGGCAGAGGCCUUCCGGGAGUACAAGGACGGAGCCAUGGUGGACAUGCUGCUGGAGAAACUUCCUCUGAUAGCGGAGGAGGUCAGCAGGCCUCUGUGUGAAGCCAAUAAAAUCACCAUGGUGUCCAGCGGAGGGGGGGAGGUGGGUGCAGCCAAGCUGUCCGGAGAGGUGCUGGAGAUCAUGACCCGCCUCCCCGACGCCAUUGAGAAGCUGACCGGGGUCAACAUCUCUCAGGUGUCCUCUCGUACGGGCUGAAGGGCCGUGCAGGCGAGCGUGCAGGCAGAUCCGUGCUCCCUCCGUCCCACCAGCUGCCUGGAUUCCCCGUCUACUUCCGCCAUCAAAAAACCUCUUCCUCGUUGUCUGUCGCUGUGUCCCGCUGCUGGUUUGCGAUGCUGCCGUGUUGUGAAAAUUGUAAUCAUCCGUUCCUUAGUUGUUGGUUUUUGACACCAGUUUAUUCAAGUUAAACUCAUUAUGGUUGCAGAUACAGUUACUUUAUAACUACAGUGGCCGGGUUUCCCAGAUCCAACCUCUCUUAAGGAUUUAAGAGAGGUUCAAAGAAGGUUUGAACUAAGAGAGAACCCUAAGAUACGGGUGUUUCCCAGAUGACUUCUUAACACCGUCCUUUAGUUUCGCUCUUUCAGACGCUCUUUGGAGCAGCUGUACGGUUCUGAAACCAAAUGAAUCGAUGCCAGGCAAAUCGAUCACCGAUCACUAUCAGCGCAUUUUCACACGCAGCACUGCUGCCUAACGCACUAAUUCACUGCUGCCUGUGCGUUAUAAUAAAAAAUUAAGAUGAUAAAUAUAAUUCAAUGACCCUUUUUCAUCCAAACGGUGCGUUACUCCGUUAUUUCUGGCUACAGUGAGGCUUUUUUUCCCCACACACGGAGACCGGGAGUAAACGGGGUGGGCGUGUGUGUGCGUUCAAAAACAUGAGCCAAGAGAAGGCGAGUUUCGCAAAUCGCAACGUGGAAUUACAGCAAACCCUGGUUUUUCGCAGGGGUUAUGUUCCAAAAAGAACCCGUGAUAAGUGAAAUUCUUUUUACAAUUAUAGAGGGCUUCAGAUUGCAGAGAUCAUCCCCGCCACGCAUGUAUUCCUGCUCUUCUGAUGCUGCUGCAUCCCGCAGGUGGGUUUUUUCAAGAGAAGAAAAUAGUUAUGGGUCGUUGUCUUCGCUCUUUUUUCUUCUGGGCAAAAAGAUUCUUUAAUAUAAACCGACACCAUUGAUUAUAUUUGAGACUGUAAUGAACGAUUCAUCAAAGGAUCCCGUUGAUCAGCUGCUGCUUCCCUGUCAUCACAUAGAUGCGCUCGGGCGCGGCGCAGGAGGAUCGGUGUCCCGGCUGCCUGGACAGCGCGGUCCGACACACGUCCAGGGGACUGAAGUGCUGACGCACGAAUGCGUUCAUAAAAACAGUUCUGCUUCGCGCACGGUGACGCGGUUGAUUUGCAGCGAGAACAUGUUGUAUAGCAGCCAAAUCAUCAAAUAAAUGAUAUUCAUGAUGAUCGUUUUAUUUGUGCGUAAUGCAUAAAGCAUAUACAGGAACACACUUGUUAUUCCUUAUUUUUCUUUUUUUCCCCCCCCUUUGCUGUCACCAAUAAAUGCUAAACAAUAUAAAUCUAAAGUAUAAAAUAGAUAAAAACUUGUGCGGGGUGCAUUGUUUUAAUAUCUCAUUGCUUGGUGUAAUAUUGUUUUGCCUGACGCGGCUGGAUCUGUGAGUCUUUGUUCACUAAGAUGGUUGUAAAGACUGGGUCAGCAGCAUCUUUCAUUUCCUUCUUAAUGAAAGAGAUACUUAAGCUAAGAGCGACUCUGGGAAACGCGAUUUUCUUUCACAGGCUCCUUAAGAAGGUUUGAAAGAAGUCUUUCGCUGUUAAGAACUACUUAACUGAUCUGGGAAACCCGGCCAGUGAAGUUAUACUCUCUCAAGCUGAAAUCAUGCACUCUGGUACUGCAUUCAUUUAUUAAGUAUUAAAACAGCAACAUUUUAAAUGAAUUAUUUUCCAUGUUGGAAACGUUUUUUUUUUUUAACUCCAGCCAUAUUUCAAACUUUGAUAUUUCAUUUUAUGUCUCAUUUCUUCCUCCUUUCCUUGUUACUGUAAUGUGUGCGCUUGCAUUAUUGUCCUCGCGUCUCCCCUGUCCGUGUACACUAACGUCUCCUCCAUAACUGCCUGUCUUCUCACUGCCUUGCUGCCAAACCUUAAGUGCAUCUUAGCAUUAACAUGUAAUGCAAACAUGCAUAGAAAAAAAACUAACCGUCCCUUACUAAUAACACACAAUGUGUUUCGUUCAGAUUUAAGAUUUUGUCAAUCCAGUACGCUAUGUUCUGUUUUAGUUUAGUUGUGAUGUAUUUUCAGUCACUCUAAACCAUCUCAAUUACGAUCAGGACCGUUAUCUGACCGUUUCCCUUCGAUGGUCAUUUUAAAUGUUAAACGUCUUUUCUCAAAGAAGCAGACUGUGGUGUGGUGAAAGCUCAGGAAAUGUUGUUCACUUUACUGGCAGCCUCUUAGACAAACCAACAAAAACAUAAAGCUUACAAACUAAAAAUGACACGAUUUUUAUACUGACGUUUAUAAAAUGAUUAGUUCUUUCAUGAUAAUCAGAUCCUGCCCACACGGGCCUCAUUACCUGAUGAUUGGAUGUGAAAGAGUUGAGGCCGGUGUCAGCUAUCAAACUGAGAGGGGAUUGCAUCUUUUCCCUAAAAAACAAACCAGAUAGUCCCAAAUACGACCAGGAACCUGAAUUUUCCGGGUUCAGAUUUUCCCUGAUGCUUUUCAAUCCAGUUGAAUUUAACAGGGGAAUUAUAUAUAAACGUUUUUCUGAAGUAAGUGGUGCCUUUAAGUGUUAUUUUGGCCAGUCAUGUAGCAGCUUCCAUACAAAUGCAGUGUGUGAACCUGUCUUUACUCCGUUUCCAUUGUGCUGUAGUGUGUACUGUAUGUAAAUAUUAAUUAAUUUUGCUGUAGCUCUACAUAAAUACCAAACAAUCCAUUGUGCAGAAGAAAAUCACGGAUCGCCCAGACUGGUAUGCUAUUGGCGGUUUAGGAUUCGGCUGUGAAGCGUUGCUAUAGCCGCUAUAAACUGUCCCAACUUGCCUUAUAUCAUAAGUCUGUCACAUCAUCACCCUCUACCUCACCUCUUGGGCUGGUUAUAUAAAAACUGCUUUAAGGAGCGGCAAACAUUGUAAUGCAUCUAAAGAUACUCUGACACUGUUGCUUUUAGUGAUAUUUUUAUUUAUAGGAUUUACUCCGUCUGUAUAAAUAUGUUUAUUUAUUUUCAUUGAACUACACUUUGACAACUCAAAAGUUCAAACAAGAAUGCUUUUGUCUUUUCUUCUCUGCGAUGAACAGCGCUUAAUAUGCAUCUUGUUUGGAGCUGUCUGCACUGUUUGUUUCAGUCUUGCAAGAUUUACUGAAAUGGCUUUUAGCGGUGCAAUUUAUGUAUUUGUGCAUAAUCAUUGCAUGUAUCAACACCUGUCACACCUGCACUAGUUAUGGCAAAAGUACUCAUUGGAGAUAACCGUAGGGUAGAAUGACUGUGGAGUUACCAGAGUAGGAGAUGACCUGCAGGAUAGCUGUAGAAAUGGAGGCCAACUAAUGCUUGUCUUGUGUUUGAAGUGAGGUAAUACUCAAGUGUAACUACAUGUGGAAUAAAUAUAUUUAGGCAGUGAAUAUUUUUGAUUAUUGUUAAAGUAAUCUGUGUAGCACUGUCUGUUUCACAAGUCACCACUAACACCUCGAAUAACACUGAACUCACUUUAAAAGAACGUCUCAAUUUAAUGUAUUCCAGUUCUGCUCACUUUAUUAAAGUUGGAUGUCAUUUCAACUUCAUUCGUAGCAUGUUAAUGAAGUUUUUACUAAAUGGAAGUUCGUCAAUCUGUUGCAUUUUAAUCGGCGUAUGUAUUUCAGGAAAAGUGUCUUGUAAUACAAUCCUAAAAACAGAAGAUGUAUUAUAUUUCAAAAGUGACAUGACAUAUUCUCACUGUUUCUGAAAACAAGAUUUAUAUAAUUAUACUGAGUUUUUGUUUACACAUUUGAUUUAUGCAUGUUUUGAUAUUUUCAACUCAGUUUUAUAGUUCACAUUUAAUUUUUUACCAUCAGAUUUUAUGUUUUUG